CUUAACAAUGAAGGGUGGGUGACUCCACGUGAUUUUGACAUGCAGUGGUUGGUGCCCUUGAAAUAUUGAUCGCAAACGCCUUCGCGUGUGGGAAAACACCUUGUCACAGGCCCGUUAAAUUUAUGAAUCAAUGUUGGAAUUUUAGGCCCAGUUAUAAAAGCUCCAUAACCAAGCUAGAGCCCACUCAUUCGUACGAGAACAUUGGAAGGAUAUACUUGGGAAUUUUCAUUCUGAAAUUGAAGGUAUGGCGAUAAAUUAACAUAAAUUCCUCAAUUUAUUAAGGAAUUGAAGAGAACAUAGUGAACGUUGUGUGUUAUAAGAAAUAAAAAAAAAGAAUUUAAAAAAAGAGUUGUACUCGUGCGAUCUGAAAAUUUGAGAAUAUUUAAAGAAGACAUGCCAAGUUUAAUAAUAAUUUAAUUAAAAUUUAAUCAUAGUUUAUUCUUCGCUUAAAUAUAAUUUAAUACAAAUUUAAUCAUAUAUUUUAUCAAAAUUUAAUUAUUAUCUAAUCAAGAAGUUAAGUUUACAUAGCAUGAUCCAGUGAUUAUUUUUGAGGGCCAUUUCUUAAAGGGCUUCAGGAUAUAUUUUGAAAACGAUCUGUUGUAAAAUGUGAAGUCCUCAAAGUUCUGUAUGUUUCGACUGAGCGUCCUUUCACUGCUGUGGUAAUCGCUUGUGUGGUAAUCGCUUGCUCCUGUGUCCAUUCCUUGACUUUAUUUUAAAAUAAUGACCAACAUUUUUUUUUUUUUUAUACUUCUCUCGUCGUUCUGCUAUGAUAUAUCUUUUGAUCAUCAUCUUCAAAUUAACAGAAAUUUUCUGUAAUGGCUUUUAAAAUUAAUCUAAGAUUAAGACAUUGUAGGAAUCUAUCGAAUAAUCAAGCAUAGCGGUGACAUCACAAUCCGAGAUUCGUCUAUACAUAAGCUAUCCAGAGAGUAAGAAAUUUACAAGAUGUGUGUAAGACUGUGACAUGAUCAAUAAUUAGUGAGUCAUAAUGUUAAACUCUUAACCUCCACCCCCCAAAAAUACAAGAACCCAUUUCUAUCAGAUCAUCGACCCACUCUGCCAAGCCCUACGAUUUAAAAUACAUUUAAACAGUGUAAAUUUCAUGAUAUACUAUGAUUCACUGAUUAUUUGUAUCAUGAAUCUCUUUAAACUUUAGGAGGUGUGAUUAAAAGUGUGUGUGUGUGUGUGGGGGGGGGGCGGAGCCUCUUUAGAUUUUGUUGGGGAUCUCCCCCCCUCCAACCCCCCCCCCCGUGAUGUAUCCAAAGUCUACUACACAAGUCCCCCACCCACUCACCUCCCACUCCUGGUAUAGCUUCAUUUAAAAGGCUUUGAAAUCUCGUCGCCGGUCGUUUACUAUAUAAGGAAGUAAAAUUUGGCUGAUAAGUUAGAUUGUUGUUUUCCUGGAGUCUAUUGUAGAGAGGAAUACUUUUGUGUGCACGAUUGUUUUUCUCUGUGGGUUUGUAAAUAGUUUAUAACUAAAAUUUAUUUCGUCUUUUUAUUUUUUUUAUAUUUUUUUACACAUUUUUAUCAGUAGUUAUGUUUAUGUUAAGAGACAAUUUUAUCAUUUUUGUUUUAAUAUAUAUAUAUACCAAAUAACGUUUAAAAAUUAAUUAUUGUCACACAAAUUAUUUUCUGUAAUAUUCUUUAAAAAAAAAAAAGCCUAAAAUAUAUAUCCCAAAUCAAUUUUAACAAGUACCUAAAAUCAAUUAAAGAGCAUUCAUUUGCCCUUAAAAUGGUAUGUGAUACUUGUAGGUAGCUACAAACGUACAGCCAUGAGACGCUUUGAACAAUAAGUUCGUACGCAAGGUUUUAUGGAAACUCGGCAAAUCCCGCCUUCUUGAACAGCGAAGCUCGUGUGAUAGUUGAACCAUUUAGCGUGUGACUUGUGAAAAAGCUAGUUAAUUUUUUUUUUAGACUAAUACGUGUGUCAAAAAGUAGAGCUUUUACAUUUCCGUAUUAAAAUUCAUUUUACUAUUAUUAUUAUUUUUCGUUUUGUUUCAGGUUACCGAUUUGAUUAUUCCUACUUUUUGAACACAAAGAAAAUGUUACUCUUCGCGUUUUUCCUGCAUUUGCUGCCCCCAUGUUUACUAGGUAAGAGUAUGACUAGCAUUAGAUAGAUGAAACACAAUAUCUUUAAAAAAUUUAAAAAAAAAAUUAAAGCAUUGUAAAUUGAAAAAAGUCUGUUUAGCAAUGUUAACGGUCAAUGACUCAAUAAAGGAAUAAUAUACAUUUGAACAAAUUCGUGUUUCAAUCAAGGAAAUAUCACCCCUCCCCCCCCCCCACCCCGCCCAUUUUCGGUGUUCGAUCACUUCCGUCUGUUAGUUAUACACUAAUAAUCCAGAUCCUGGCUAUGUAUUUAAAUAUACAUGUAUAAAAUAUAUUAUUUCCUUGUUAAAUAAUGAUUAGUCAUGUUAUAUAUGUUUUCAUUUGUUUAAUUUCGUCACCAGGAUGUCGAGGGAAGGGGGGCCGAGGGGGGGGAUACACUUCAUAUUUGUGUGUAUAUAUAUAUAUAUAUAUAUAUAUAUAUAUAUAUAUAUAUAUAUAUAUAUAUAUAUAUAUAUAUAGGCCUAUUAGUAUUGUUCACAAUUAUUUCUCAAGCAACAUAAAGAAUGUUGAUAAAAAUGACCAUGAUUUUUUUUUAAAACACUUCUAUUUCACUUCUAUUUCAAUUCUAUUUCUCUGAACGAAACCCCACCAUAGUUUUGUAAAAUUUCAUGAAUAGAUGUGAAUCUUGAUAUCACUUUAUAGAUUUAUAUAACAUUAGUAUACGUUAUACGUGCCCUUUAUAUAUAUAUGAGAGUUUUAUGAUAGUGCAUGAAUAUAUAUAUAUAUAUAUAUAUAUAUAUAUAUUAAUGAUAAAUAUUUAUGCACUCUCAUAAACACAAAAGCACGUUUGAAAUGUUCCCUCACAAAUCGAAAGCUGCGCGUACACAAUAUGAUUGGGGAUUUUCCAAAAGUUUCACGGCAACUGUCAUUGGCGUGUUGAUCAAGAUAUUAGAAUUUAGGUCACAGCUGUCAAUCAACAUUUCUACCUAACAAAAGAUGUAUCCAGGAGUGUUCUUGAAUCUCGUGAUAUCAGUAGUGGCUGAGUCUUUGAAACGCAUAUAAUUUUUUUUUUAAAAUAGUGUUUUAAAUAAAAAAAAAUCAAAUAGAACUCAGCUACUUAUUAACAGGCCGGUAGACGGGCUGGACAACACCAGCUCCACUGUCUUAGUGCGCAUCUCAGUCACGUCAUAUUAUAUUGAAUGAAUUAACGAUAAGGGCGUGCGCCCAGAGGCGUAUGAAUCGGGGGCGUCACUUUGGUGAAGGCCAAUGGGAUAUAUUUAUAUGGCUCAAGGUUGUUGUGUACUGGUAUCAUGGUUUUUGUUUUUUUAAAUGAUUACAUUUUUGUAAAGUGAGGGGGCGGCUACUUCAAUGACCACCCGCUCGAGUCACAAACUGUAGCUCCCCACCUUUUAUCUUGUACCUUUUAAAAUCCUUUAUAAUUACUUGUUCGUGUUUCUUUCGCGCUGGGUGCGUGGCAAAAUCUUCGGACGGCUAUCUGACCCACUUCCCGUCAACAUAUUGAGCUGAAACGUAGACUCGUUGCCGAUGACAAGACAUUCUAUACACAAAUCAUUUGUAAUGUUCUUCAAUGGGAAGUUGAAGGAAAUAUGAUUUCUCGAAAUAAAAUUUCCGAUCAUUACGCUAAAUGAUAUUCUUUUUUAAAACAAUUUUCGCAAGUGCGUUUGGUGCGCAAUAUUUUUUGUUUCUCCUGAAAUAGAUCUAGUCUAGUUGGUGAAAUGAAUCAAAGGGUGGGACAUUAGAAUAGUAAUAUAAUCAGGGGCGUGAACAAAUUACGGAUGUGAGCCGGGGGAGUGGGGGAUGCACUAAUUGGGGAUUAAAUGCGUUACUUUUUUGUAUUUUUUUGUGAAAGUUUCACCCCCCCCCCCAAGGUUAUUUGCUCAAUAUGACAUUUUCCAAAGGGUUUAUACAAAAAACUUUAUUUUUUUUUGUGGCUUGUUGAAUGAUACAUUAUACACAUUCCCGGGCGUGUAGCAAAUUGGUGUUGAUUCAAACCUCAAUUGCUAUCGUUCAAAAUUCAACUAAAAUUCACACUUCUUAUUUGCUGUAAAAAGUUAAAGUGCACAAUCCAUAAUGUUAACUAUUACAUGAAAAGUGGUGUUUAAACAUAAAUUCAAAGGAAAGAGAGAGGGGCGGCACUACGAUUCGACAGCUUAUAAUCUUUCACCCACCCACGGAAGUUGCAUGGGCGUCACGCGAUUUGGGGAGUGGGGUAUUUUUAUUAAACAAAUUGGGAAACCGUGAAGCAACCCAAAAAAAUUUUAAUAACUAUGCAUUAGUUUUGAAAAUAUCUCUGUAUAUACCUGACAAUGCUUUGAAAUUUUAAAAAAAAUGAACGAAUAAAAAUUUCCUUUAUUUGGUUCGCACGCGUGCACUCACACACACACACAGAGACAGACACACCACACAGAGACAGACACACCACACACAUAAAGACACACACACACAGAGGCAGACACACCACACACACACACACACACACGAAUAAUACUAAAAAUAUAUCGAAACAGAAGGCCUAUAUUUUGUUUCAGGCCUUAUUUACACACCAUAGUUAUUAUUAUUAUUACGUUAUAUAUUUUUGCUAAAAAGUAUCCCAAUAAUUCCAGCUAGCGGACCCACUGUAGAAGCCCUUGACAAAAUGAUCUGCCCCCCGGACAAACCCAACAAGUGUUUACCGUAUGGAGUUUGCUGUGGCUACGACCAAUUCUGUUACAGUGGUAUGUGCGAGUCCUGUCUACCCCAUCAUCUACAGGAGCACGAACAGCUCAACUGGUGUAGACAGCACGGCGUCCACAACGUCAGCCUGAUGAGAGACCCGUCUUGUAGAGUCGCCUGUCAGGCGAAGUUCACUCCACACGAGCUAAGUGAGUCUCGUACGAUUGUAACCACGUUUGAAUCUUAUAGAAACAAAUCACAUUGGCUAGAGUCAAUCUCUGCUUUUUCAAAAUGAAUCUAACUCAGCUGUUCUCAACGUAUGAGUCGCGACCCCUUUGGGGGUCGAAAAAACAUUCCCCAGGGGUCGCCUACGACGUGGGUGAAAAUACUUAUACCUUACAGUUAUGAAGUAGAAGCGAAAAUAAUUUUGUGGUUCUGGGUCGCCAUAACAUGAGGAACUGUAAGUAAGGGUCGUGGCAUUCAGAAGGUUGAGAACCACUGACCUAACUAGUUGAAUACAUAGGGAGAAAAAAAAUGAUGACGCUAGGAGUAACAUCGUAUUACGUUAUUGUACAAACAAAGGUUUUUUUUUAAUAGGGCAACAUUUGUAUGAUAGUAAAAUUUCUAGAAAUAUCGAUAAGAAAUAACAUUAUAUCUUAACAGGUGACGGCAAAAGGUGACCUGAUUUUUAACAUUAAAUAUUGUUAAAUAAUUGUAAUGUCAAAUUCUAAUCUCUAAUCCAGAUGGCCACAGCAAGACGAAGACGAAAGAGGACACGCACAACAACUGUAGUCCUGGUGAAGUCAAACCAGCAGGUACGUUGAGGGAAAUGGCUAGACCGGUGGUCGGCAAAUCGUGGCUCUCGAGCCGCAUGCGGCUCUUAAGCGAUCGGGUCGCGGCUCGGCCAUUCGGCCACAAAUCGGGUUUGACUACGAAAAACAUGGUUCUUGACAGGUUCGUGAAAAGAAAUUUGGCUCUCAAAUUUUUUUUAAAAAUCGUCUUGCUGCUAAUUUGUGGCUCUUUUGACUCAUGAGUUUGCCGACCACUGGUCGAGACCGGGUUUCUAGCUGUGGUCGGGAGUUUGGGGAGGGUACAGGAGUCGGGUGGGAGGGAAGGAGUAACAUGAGUUUGUGGACUUUUAAAGUCUUGGAUGAAGCGGAAAUAAGUGGUACAAGGGAGUUACGGUGGGGGUUGGGGUUGGAACAUGAGAAAAGGAUGCAAUGAAACAACGAACGUUUUGGCAUAAAGCCUUCGCUCGUCAUCGAGCAAGAGAAUCAAAGAGUCGCAAAGGUAAAAGUCUAAACUUAAACGUCAUGUCACAGAGAACAGCACGCUGUCAUUGUGCUGAUUGACUUGUUCAUUGUGCAUAUUGACUUGUUCAUUGUGCAAAUUGACUUAUUCAUUGUGCAUGUUGACUUGUUCAUUGUGCAUAUUGACUUGUUCAUUGUGCAUAUUGACUUGUUCAUUGUGCAUAUUGACUUGUUCAUUGUACAUAUUGACUUGUUCAUUGUGCAUAUUGACUUGUUCAUUGUACAUAUUGACUUGUUCAGUCGGUGUGGACGUUUCAGACUCCUAACCUACUUCCCCCUACCCUUUCCACCCCCAAAAGUAGAAUAAAAAAACAAUAACAAUAAUCAUUAUAAAUAAAACAAAAUAAAAAAAGAAUUUAAAUAAAAAAAGCGAGGUAUAAUGAUAUAAAUAGUUUGUAUGUUUCCCGCGGAAAGAUGGCAAUGACCCUUAACUAGAUUGCCUUUUUGACCUGUUCGCUACCAUUCUUACAGCGAACAGAUGUCGCACCGACAAAUUACACAUUUAGGCUUGCACAAUUUGUUAUCUCCGCCGCAGGAAGUUUGAUAUAACCCCUGAUUAGCGUUGAUUGAACUUUAGUCGAAAAAUAAAGCCUUUGAAAAUUUAACGAACAUGAUGUUAAAAUAAUAAACGAAAUUUUUUUUUAUUAAGUCUGCUUAGUUCAAAGUUUCGUGACAUCCUAGAAGCACAAGCGCCCCCCCCCCCCCCCGGGUUUUGAGGGUCGAUAUUCAUAAUGGUUUGGUAGAGGUAAAUAUGACGGAUUCAACUGCUUAACAAAUUUAAAAAAAAAAAUUCUCAUCCUGUGCAGACAACACCUGGUUCCACCUGUUCCUGGCCGUGUCAGUGGCGUGCUGCGUGUUCCUGAUACUGCUACUGGCCGUGGCGGUGCUGAGUCUCAUGAUGUACCGGAACAUAUUGCUACGUCAUCGCAGGGAUCGGUUCGGUGCUCUCGGUAAGUAGGCGGACUCCGUACACAAAUCAUUUGAAACGUGUUAGUGGGCAGAUCCAAUAAAUAAAUGAAAUUAACGUUGUAAGUGGGUGGGAUUUUUGUGUGUUGUUGUCUUCCUUUUAAACAUAGACAUAAUGACACAGACAUAAGGACACAGGCAUUAUUAUUACACAGAUAUAAUGACACAGACAUAAUGACACAGACAUAAUGACACAUACAUAAUGGCACAGACAUAAUGUCACAGGCAUAAGUACACAUACAUAAUGACACAGACAUAAUGACACAGACAUAAUGACACAGACAUAAUGACACAGACACAAUGACACAGACAUAAUGACACAUAGACAUCAUAACGCUUCUUGUUGUCUCAAUUGUGCAGACUCCCAGUUUGUAGUUUAGACUUUUCUCUAAUCAACAUUUACGUCUUCCACAGAGCGCAGCAGCAAGAGGCACCACCGCAGACGUCACGGGGCUGUCAGCGACGGCGAGGAAACGGGCGACAGAUAUGUCUCUUUAGAACCAGAAAGCCCCCCAGAGGUGCCUCCUCCCAGGACGACCUCCUUCGCGAACGGUAAAUACCAACCUCGACUCGGGUCUGAGGUCAAGGACAAUCUGGAGAACGAAUGCGAGGCGUUGACGUCACAAAGCCAAAGCAGUGGCUAAAGAGGCACGCGACACGUCUCGAAAACUAGAAGAUAAAAAAAGCUUUUAAGUAAAGGAAGUUAUCUACGGACAUCUUUGUCUACGCGCAUGCGCACUGAUCUUCAACUACACUUCCUGUUGUUUUUCUACGGAAAGUCCCAUCGUUGCACGUGACACUUUGCUUACGUAAGGUCAUUAGGUCAUACCGAAAGGUCUCAGUGGCCAGGAAACGUUGUUACUUUGUUUGCCAUAAUCACGAGGGCAUGCCGGACAGGAGUUCGUGUGAUGAUGCCGGACCGGACUACGUGAGAUAGUGCUGUAGAAACGAGGACUGGAAGCAUCCUUACCAAAGGAAAGACUUUCCCCAAAUUCAAAUCCAAGAUCCUUCCAGCUUAUCCACACAUACACACUGAAACACUUUAUGAUUGCCAGGCGUACAUUUAAAAAAAAAAUAAUUGUUUAUUCAUUGACGUAUUCAUUGGUAUUGUACUAAAAAGGCCAUUCUUCUUCAUAUGCUUCCAAACAGAACAAGAUCGGAAAUUUUCUUUGAAAUUUUAGCAUGUAAAUAUUUUUUUGCAUAAUUGUGUUUCUUUUUCUUCUUUAAAAAAAUCCAAUUACGAUUUGAAAUAAAAAAAUAAUAAAUAUGUGACGUGGUUCGCAUAAGAUAAACUAGAGGCUAGCGGGCCACUUUCCUAUGUGCUUUGUAAUGGUUUUGUUAUUAUGUUGAUAAAAAACAUUUUAAAAAAUACACACAUACAAUACAUAAUAAAAGUCAGGGAAAAAAAUAACCAACAUUUACACCAAUACGCAUAUAAACAUUAUGCAGAACGGAAAAAAGAAAGGAAAAAAAAAAGGAAUUAAAAUCAUUUCACUUAGUCAUUUAUGAUGUAUGAUUUGUUACUGUUGAAACUGCAGCUUUUCAUUUUGAAAGAUCUGUUGGUG